GAACGAUGAUGUCACUUCACAAGAUAUAUGCACUACAGCUCGAGCAACUCGCUUAAAGACGUACCUCUUUACGUUCCACUAAUAAUCUGAAGAUGACCAUGCGCUACUUGACCGCUAAGCUUGCCCAGCAAAUCGAUGAGGAGCUCAUGAGCGCGACCGGGGCGUUCAGUAUCGACCAGCUCAUGGAGCUUGCUGGGUUGGCUUGCGCGCAGACUCUUGCGACCGUGUAUAGCAAGGAGAAGUAUCCCCGCGUGCUGGUCUGCUGUGGGCCGGGAAACCAGGGGGGCGACGGUUUGGUGGCUGCGAGACACCUUGGCAUGUUCGGGUAUAAGCCGACUAUCUGGAUGCCCAAGCCAGGAUCGAAGGAGAUCUACAAAAGAUUGAAAACUCAGUGCGACAAUAUGCACAUCCAGACUCUCACUCCCACCGACGAAACACACUCCCUGCGUGACAUUCUCGCUCGCUCGGACGUCAUCCUUGAUGCCAUAUUUGGCUUCUCAUUCAAGCCGCCCGUGCGCGCACCGUUCGACGCUGCACUCCCGCUUCUCAACCAAUCUGGCUUGCCGAUUGUUUCCGUCGACAUCCCCUCAGGCUGGGACGUCGAGAAGGGCAACGACGCAGGCGUGGGACUCAACCCGGACGUGUUGAUUACUUUGACGGCGCCGAAGGAGGGGGUCAGGAAGUUCACCGGAAGGCACUUCCUGGGAGGGCGGUUUGUCACCAAGGCUAUGGAAGAGGAGUUUGGUCUGAACCUUCCAGAGUACCCGGGAUUCAGCCAGAUUGUCGAACUACCUCGUGUGACAGAGGACACCUCCCAGAAGUUGUAGCUUGCCAGACGUGAUUGACCAUGUAAGAGUAGUUCGUGCUCCUGGACAUUCUGGAUGCUAGAAUGAAAGAUAUCGCCUGACCGUGACCGCAUGGACCUUCUCAUGAAAAAUCCAUAUCUUUCGGACUGUCACCUGCAGCGCUGGCCCUUCCAUACUUCAAUAAUAUGCUGUUCAAAGUGUACUUUUAUUCUUAACGC